AAUUUUUUUUGACUUUCUAUUUUCUUGCGCAUUGUCCUUCGGUUGACAGUUUUCUCCUUUUUCUUUGUUCUUCAGCUUUAACCUGGUGGCGUUCCAUGACCUUUUGGUUCAUCACUUUAUUGCUCAUCCCAGAUUUGGUAUGGGGUUGGUGCCUACCAUUGGCUGGUUCGACUGCCUGUCCAGCAUUCGCUCAAUACUACGCUGGUAUGUCUAAACCUGCUUUUGACUGGUUGCAACCAGUGUGGAACAUCACGGCUUUCGAUGAUGCGGUUCACAAUUAUGUGCAGACAACAUUUUGGGAUCAAUUUAAUUGUACUACAAAACCAUAUUAUGCUCGCUACACGAUGUCUGUCAUCUGCCAGCUGAUAGUCAAUGAGAAUGACGAUUCUGAAAAAUGCAACGCUAUGUACCAAGUGUCACCUCCCUCAUUAUGUCAAAAUACAUGCAAUCAGCAAGUACAAGCCGUCAAAACGUUGGUUCAAUCACAAUGUCAAUCCACCAUGCCAUCAACCACGCUUUCAAAUUAUAUUGAUACCUAUUCGCAACAGUGCCUAGUUGACCCUGCCUUGAAUGCUACUGCCAGCUGUAUGCUGGGCAUGGUGAAUGAACCGGAUUACUGUGGGUUUCCUUCGCAAGGGGAUGGCUGCACAUACUGCCAGUCUAGCGCAGCCAAUGGCGACCUAUGUUGUUCCAAGAUAGCAUGCGAUGGAGGAGACCACGGGUUGUCUAAAGGAGCCAUUGCCGGCAUAGUCAUUGCUAUCGUGUUGUGCUUGCUACUCCUUGUUGCCGCAGUUUUCUAUUAUCGACGGUCAAAGUCAGUGCAGCAAACUCAUUACCAAUCCGCCGAUGACAGAACUGAAACCGCAUGCGUCGGAGAAAAACUUAGUACGGCACCGUCGUUUCUGAGUAGGACUGACUAUCAAACACAUGAUACUAUCACGCCAGCAGCUUUACGAGACACUGACUCAGUCGGCCUGAUCAGCAAAUUGGAGAAUGAGUUUCAUACUGUCAUUCACCAGUAUUAUCCGUCACAGCCGGAUGAAUUAAGUCUGAAGAAAAACGAUAUCAUUGUUUCGACCGUGGCAUUUGAUGAUGGAUGGGGAGUUGGAGUCAACAUCACCACCGGACAGAAAGGCGCUUUCCCACUAAUCUGCGUUACGCCGGCAUCUCGCGAAGUGCUCGAUUGGUAUUGAAUGAGGUCGAGCAAAACGUGGACGAAUCGGCUAGUGUUCAACUCUGUGAUAUCAUACGGUAUCAAAUGCGCCACUCUCCACCUCCACCAUUACGUCGUCUUGGCACCAAAAUACCACACCGUUCACAAAGCAUCCACAGUCAAUCAUAUCUGCAUAAACAGACCUCUCAAUCAUUGCACACAACAAUAUAAUCAACUAUCUAAUUGGACUCAACCACUGUACUAUUUAUCACUCCGUUUUUGCUUUUACAACUUAAUAAUACAACCAUU